CUCCUUUCCAAAAACUAAACAACAUUGAGCAGGAAAAGCGGAAGUGCGUUUCAAAUCCGCUGGAUUCGUAUGGUUAUAGUGUUUUUAUUAUUAUUUAUUUGUAUACUGUCCAUGCAGCGAAAUAUGAAAGAAUUCUGUGUGAUGUGAACGUUUAUGGUGAUUUAUGAUUUUGUCCUGGAUGUUAAAUGUGUUGGUCUCGCGCGACCUUCUCUUUCUACUUCGCGUGCAUCCUACUGUGUUCGGCGCGAGCCGUUCACCGCCGCCACAAUGCGCGCGUGCUUACUCUGAAACCGGAGGAUAACGGUACAGUACCUGUACCGGAUGUGUGCAGUACCCGCGGUCAGCAUUUCGGUGGAUUUGAUCAGAGGAAUCGGUGCGAGCAUUUGGAUCUUAAUGCAGGAAGCACUUUCCUCUUAAGUCAGUGGAACGAGGAAGUCGCUCUCUGCUCAGCGGCCCCUGAGGGCCCCUGGGGACACAGCCUGUACGCUCUGAUUGACCAGCUGAGAGAGACAGUGCUUUGGCGAAACCACCAGAGAGAGCCACGACACACACUACCUCAGAUUGGGUCUGCAGUAAAGUCAUCAGAAUUUGGUGUCCAGUUCCUGAAAUGUGCUCAGGUGGUAACAGGAAGUGAGUUUCCCCAGGUAACUGUCCACCUGGUAGUUAAAACCCUUGAGGGUGCAACAGACCUAUCACAUCUCAGUAUACGUGACACCAUCUCUGACACCGUCAGCCUGCAGACCAAUGGGAAAGUACAGGACAGAGAAUACCAAACCUUCAGCACGGACACACUGCCUGCUGGUUCAAGUUAUGCUGUAUCAUACACAGCAAGUGUCAAAGGUAGCAUCAAGGAAGAUCUGUUUCUGCCAGCGUUCCUCACCUUCUCUAGCCCAUCUCAGAAUGAUAUAAAUUUAUUGGGGCCUGUGGUGGCAAAUUUCACACUGAGGAUAAAUACUACUGAAAAGGUGUGUGUGAAUCAUGCCUUACACUUUGCAGGAUUCUGUGUGGCUUUUCUGAUCUCUACACUGCUGCUGUCUUUCACACUCCUCACUGCCAGCUGCUUCUACAAGAAGUGCUUCAUGCGCACACCUCAGCAUAGGAAGAGGCGGAGCUUUAGUGUAGAGGUGGAGCCAGAGGAGGCUGUUAGUAAUGCCAGUGACACAGCCAAUGAGGAUGCUGCGUUUGAGGAUAGAAUCAUUGACAUCAUGGCGCUGGAAGAUCCACAGGACAUGUCACAUGCUCUGGACAAUUUAGAGUUGGCCUCUCUGUUGCGGGGUGCCAUGAUGGUGGAGUGUGUGCGUGUCCAGAUGCUGAAAGGUGUGUUCAGGGUAUUAACAGCCAGUGUAAGCAGGUCCUGUAAUGAAAUAAGCAUGGUGGACUUGCUCAGUCAUGUGACCGACAUGCAGGAGGAUCGGAAGUCACAACUUAACGCACAUUCUCCCAGUGAAGCACACGCAGAGCGCCAGGAGGAGUGGCGUUUGGAGGCAUUACGCAGGAGGGAAGAGCUUCACGCCAUCAUCAGUGAGGAAAUAGAGGAGGCGGCCAUGAUGGGAGGAACACACAUGGCCAAUCAGCUGCUGCACAGAUACUAUACCUGUCAGGAUCAGCUGGAAUCAGUGCUUGAUCUGUUCAUAGCCAAUCAGAGAGCAGCGCUGAGUGAGCAACAGGCACAGCGGCGCUAUCUGUUGCAGGGUUUGCAAGAUCUACAGCGUUCAAUGUGUGACAUGUUCGGUGCAUUCUCUCGACACAUCGACAGCUGGUUCACCCACAUACGAAGGGAGGGUGUUCUCUCUGAUCAGCACUGUGUGCAGCAGUUGGAGCGUGCUCAGUCAGAGCUCCAGCGUGUCCGAAAAGGUUUUGAGGAAACGCUGGGCCGAGAGCGUAGCUCAGCUCAUUGUGACAUCAUCAAAACGAGACGAGCACGCAUCGCUGAGACGCUAUGUGAGCAGAAGCGUGAGCAGCAGGAUUUGGUGUGUGGGAGUGUGUGUGACGGGCCACUGGAGGACUACCUGAUGCGCUGGCAAACGCUCCUCUGCGCUCACAGCACACACCUCUCAGAACUUAUUACACACCUGGACCAGGAGGCAGCAGCGCACCUACGGCGGGUGCUGGUGUGUGUGUUGCGAGAUGCUGUAGCUGACCUGAAGCAGGUCGAAUGUGAGACAAGUCAGUCGAUGCAGGAGGCGGGCGUCCCACGUUGGCUCCUCCUCCAGAUGAGGGCGGGGUCAGUGGUAGGCGGAUGCCUGGCCGACACGGAGGCGGAGCUUGGUGUUCGGAAAAGGGAGGCGGCUAAAACACUACGGCUGAUACGCAGCAGAAUUCAGAUAAUCAGAGAGCAGGAGUUGCAGCAUCAGAGAGAAAGGAGAGAGAGAAUGCACAUAUACCGCAGGAGUGUGUGGGAGAGUCAGCACUCUCUGUCAGAGAGUGAUCUGCUGCGUAUGCAGUUGGAGUAUGUGAAGAGUGUGUGUCACCUGGAUCGCUGCCUGGUGCUGCCACACUUUCUACCACUAGAGAAGGGAUGCAACACUCCGACCAAUCAGAACACAAAACACACUCUUGAUCAUACCUCUGGUGACCCCUGCCCGAUCUUCACACACGCACAGGUGUGUGUGUGCAAGGAUGAGGUGUGUGUGUGUGAGGACGAGGUGAGCAUGUGUGAGGAGAGAGUGGCGAUGCAGGUUGCGGCUGUGCAGUGGGACAAAGCGGUGAGGAAGAACCGAGUUCGGGAAACACACUCUGCUGUGCUGACGCUGCAAGCGCUGUUGAUGCAGACAGUCUCUCAUGCACCUCUUGGGGAAGAGCUCUCACACGCUAUACACACACACAGCCUGGCAUUAGAGGAGGCGGAGUUAUUAUUGCAGAAGGAGGAGUCUGAGUGGGAGCGGUCCAUGGAUGGGCUCGGUCACAAUAAACUCUUGACUCCUGAUGAGGAAGAGUUGUUCCAUGUAAACACAGAGUGCACGAUCACCGAGUGCCUGCAGGAGGCACUUUACAAGAGACGGCAGCUCACACACACCCUCACUGAGAGGUUGAGGAUGGAGAUCAGGAGGCAGCAGGUGAUGGAGGAUCUGAGGGAACAGCAGGAGCUGAAGAGGCUUUACACACAUUUUGACCAGGAUCUUCUCCUUGUUGCCCUGCUCGUCAAACUCAGUGGUGUUUCAGAACCAGUUCUGCAGCAACUCCUGUGCCUCCUGCUGCCUACACAUCCUGAAGGAGACCUACAAUCACUCAUACAAACACUUGCACCUAAAGAAGGGCGGAUGUUAGGACCCUGCUGCCAUCUGGUGGACAGACUGAGGAAUGAUGUAAUCAGCAAGCACACAUCACUUGGCUCUCACGCGCACAUUGACAGAAUGCUGAAGAAGAAGCAGAAGCUUAUGGAAAAGCUCUUCUCCGGAUCUCAUGCAGACAAUUUAGGCCCACUUCCAGCAAGCAGCCAGCCAAUCACUGCACCCACUACACAAAAGGAAGACGCUUCUAAUGUAGUGGAAGAGACCACACUGGAGGGGGUGGAGUGUACAAGCCAUGCUGGUGUAGUGGAAGUGGCUGCAGGAAGUGAAAUGGUGGAAGAAAGACUGUUUACUGUCCGCUGUGCACCAGGAGGAAACCUGGAACAGACACAUAUGGGACAUACUACACACGCUACACAUACACCAGACACUGCAGAGGCAUCAAACAUGUCACACAAUCACAGAAAGAGGAGGAAGUUCAAGUUUAAGAAGGGAGCAGUGGCUCCUCAAGAGCAGACAUGACGAGCAGACACAACUAAUCUCACUUUACAAUUAAAUCAAAUGUAAAUGUUUAGUUGGAAAUGGCAGUUAUCACUGACAAGCUACACCAAGUUCAAUUACAAUGCCCAUGAAAUGGCUUGAGAGCUGGGAUUUUGAUUCUGCACAUUGAUGUAUUUCUUUUUGAAACUGGAAGACGGAGUGUUGAAGGGCUUGACACAUUUCCCACACAGACAACAGCAUUCGAGUUAAACAUUUUUAUAUACUAUCUUAUUACUGUCUUAUUAUUAUUAUUAUGCCUGCAGCACAAAGAGACUCGUAGAAAAAGCUCUAAAACAUCUAGUUUUGAGUUCAUCGGGCUUUUAAUCAGACAGGUGUGUACUUUGCUGCUUUGUCGUUUCUAAAGGACUGCCCUUUAUAACUGUAAUAAAAUUCUUUUAGAUCA